AUGCUGCAUGCCACGCCGGCCGCCGCCGCCCCCGCCGCCGCCGAGGCCGUGCGCCAGCCAGGCGCGCUGCCCGGCCUGAUCGCCGCAGGGGGCGCCGAUUGGUUCACCUUCGUCUCGCUCAACGCCUGGCAGCGGCUCGUGGAGGCCGGCGUGGCGAGAGAGGACCUGGCGCGGGGCGUCGCCGAGGCGGGGGCGUGCGGGGCGCUGAGGCGCAUCGCGGGCGCUGCUCAGCGGCUGUAUUCCGACAACCCCGCGAAGGACAAGGAGUUUCUGGUGCUCACCGACGGCCUCACGGCGCUGUGUCAGCACGAGCUCGCCGCCGAGGCUGUCGCCGCAAACACAGGCGUGGUGGGCGCGCUGAGGCACGCGCUGCGCAGCGGCACCCGCGUCGCGGCCGCGCUGAGGCUGCUGCUUGAACUCAAGGGCGCCACAAGGGCGGCCCCGCGGCGCGCUGCAGGCGACCUCCGCGGCGGUGGCGGCGGCGGCGGAAGCCUGGGCGACCCACAGCGCUUACAAGAGGUAGUGCGCGCCGCGGCGUCGGAGGACUCGGAUGUGUGCCUGCUCGCCUUCCGAUUCAUAGGGGCCGGCGCUGGUGUGUGGUCGGUCCCCCUGAUGGCUCCUGUCGCGGUCUCGGCGCUCCGCCAACUGAACUGGGAUUUCACAGAGUGA